UGAUAGCAAAGACAGAAGRAAACUGCCCAGGUAGAACCACUACCGUUCCUGAGGUAGAGAACAUCUUCUAUCACUCUGAAAAACAUCGCAUGACAUCGACUCGAUCAGAACUCUCUAGUGACAAAAUUAUUCCCCUUUAAUCAGCGUUUUGUUUAAAGGAUCUAGAACGAAAACGUUUCGUUCCUCUGUUGUUUCUUCGUGACGAAAAUACACAACGACUUCCAACAGUUAGAUUGCUGAUCCAAAAACCAAUCCAUCUCAUCAGUAGUUUUCCUUUCAUCUCAUUGAACAAUAUUUUCAAACAACUAAAGAAGUAGGAAGUACCACUAACCAUUUAUCGUGAUGGCUGGGCAUUUGCUUCGCAACUUUUCUGCUAAUCGUAAAAGGAGCUGCAGUCCGAACUCAACAGGUUCUGCCCGCACAACGCUGUCUUCACGGAUCAUGCCGCAAACGAAAGAGCAUUUGUGUUCCACUAUUGGAACAUCAACAACACUAGCCGAGAGCACUCUUGCUUCCCCCGAUUCGUCGUCCAAUAGAUCUGAAUUUAUCACAGAGAACACCGUUUGCGGCGGCAGUCCCGAUGAUUCCAGAGAUGAAAGCGGAAGUCGUGUUUCGGAUUCUAAGAACGAGCUAGUUUCGCAACUGGAGAAAUACAAUGAUACGCUCGCCAGUAUUUUCACUCCCAAUCAUAGUGGACCUGGCAAUGAUACCGAUAUCGGCACGGGUUCUUCGAUUGUUCGAGUCGCUCCAGACGAGCUCCGCAAAAUCCAACUACUCGGAACGGGUAAGCAUUGUCAAGUUCAUUUAGUGACUGCAUCUCUUUCACAAACCGGAGAUAGAGUUGGGAAAGCAAAGUAUGCUUGCAAAUCAAUAGAUCCUGAACGAGUGAUAUCCGUAAAGGACUUUCUUGACGCUGCAUCCGAUCUAGCAAGCGAAGCUAAGAUGCUUUCGGAGCUCGAUCACCGCCACAUCAUCAAGAUUCGUGGGCUGUGUUCCAAACCCUUCUCGGCCUCCUUCACUGAUACCGUAAUUCCUUCAGUUACGAGGCAGGGCUCGUAUCCUAAGGGCACCUCUACGAAUGGCAUAGAUGGAUUUUUUUUGAUCCUGGACGCCCUUAAAGAAACAUUGGGUGAUCGACUCAAACGCCAGCGUAGAGCAGAAGCCAUCGAAAAGGCUAGCAGGAAGAGGGCGAAGAACUACAACCCCUUCAAGAAAGUUCCACCGUGCGAUAUGACCGCUGCUGUAACCAAUGCCGAUCGUCUCGCCUUGUACGAACGAAUAAAACACGUYGUCGUCGGAAUCGUCUCGGCUAUGCAGUACCUUCACUCACGCAAGAUUGUUCUCCGGGAUCUGAAGCCUGCAAAUGUUGGUUUUGCCGAUAACGAAGACGUUCAGCUAUUUGACUUUGGAAUGACACGACCGCUAGCUGAAUGCUCACCCGAUGAGGCAUGUGGAUCACAGCUAUACAUGGCCCCCGAGAUCAUGAACGACGGCCGAUACACGCUUAAAGGAGACGUGUACUCUUUCGGGGUUCUGCUCUUCGAACUUUGUUCUUUGCAAGCCCCCUAUGCAAAAGAAAAACAGAUGAUGAUUAAGAAGUACCAACCGCCUCAGCCUAAGUCAGGAUUGUCGGUAUUAUUCCGGAAGAAAUACCGAUCGCCCGAUGAUGGCAGUAAUAUAAGGCAGAAGAGCGCGCGCGAAGUAUCAAUGCUAGUCUUCGAUGAAUUAUCGGAAAAAGUUGGCAAGCACCAUUUGCGGCCAGCGGAGGACYUCGAAGAGCUGAAAGCACUCAUUCCUUGUGAAAGGCUCUGUGUAUUGAUCCAAGACUGCUGGAGUGGCGAGCCGGAAGCCCGCCCCGACUUCGACCAAAUCCAGCAACGGCUAAACGAAAUUUUUGCUAAACAAUGAUGGUCACACGUUGAUUUAUUCGCUUACUGCUACUGAUACAUUCGACGCAACUAGAGAUUCUGGUGACCUGGAACGCAACCCUCGCCCACAUUGCAUGAAAAUAGAAGCAACAAAAGGGC